CCACUGUUCGGUGGUGGUGCGUGCCGUUGGCCCGGUUGCGAGCGGGUGUUCGACGAGUUCGAGGACUUCUACAGCCAUCUCCAUUCGGACCACAUCAACGGGGACUACUCGGCCGCCCAGGCGCGCAUCCAGAUGGAGGUCGUAUGCCAGCUACAUCUGCAGCUGCAAAAGGAGCGCGACCGGCUGCAGGCGAUGAUACUGCACCUGAACAAGAAGAACGAGAUGCUCCGCACACCGGCUGCCCUGUUCGGUGGCUCGUUCCUGGCGCAGCUGCCCACGAUACCGCCGCUACCGUCGGCCGCCCCGUCCCAGGCCGCCACCGUGCCCUCGCCCGCCGUGACGGGUCCGUUCGAUCUGAUCGCUGGUUUGCGCUUCCCGGCCGAGCUGGCCGCCGACAUGGUGCAGGGUGCGUUCGGCGCCCGGCUACCCCACCAGCAUGUGGGGGUGGGGUCGGCGGUCGGAUCGGGACACCAUCUCCACCAUCACCACGGUACCGCACAGCAGCAACAGCAACAAUCGUCACUCCAUUCGCUGUCCCCACCGGUGACGGGUGCGCACGGCACAGGGCCGAUGACCGCGGCCGGGCAGGGUGCCACAGGGAAGGGUGCCAAGGGUGGAGGAGCCGUACGGCCGAAGUACUUUUCCCCGCAGGACAGCGAUGAGCUCAACUACCCGGAUGUGCAGGACGAUGUGCACAAGAAUAGGGAGUUCUAUCGCAGCCAUGACGUACGUCCACCGUUUACGUACGCGUCACUCAUCCGCCAGGCCAUCAUCGAGUCGCCCGAGAAGCAACUGACGCUGAACGAAAUCUACAACUGGUUCCAGAACACGUUCUGCUACUUCCGGCGGAAUGCGGCAACCUGGAAGAACGCCGUCCGGCACAACCUGUCGCUGCACAAGUGCUUCAUGCGGGUGGAAAACAUAAAGGGCGCCGUGUGGACGGUGAACGAGGCCGAGUUCUGUAAGCGUCGACCCCAGAAGCUCGGCAUCAUGCAGUUUAAGUUCCAGCAGCAGCAGCAGCAGCAUCAUCCAGGCACAUCGCUGGCCGGGCCCGGUGCCGGUUCGGGACAUCAGGGCAAGAAGAAGCAACCAUCGCCGGCAGUGACACUGCCGACAGCGGCAUCACCCCAGCAUACGGCCCCGAACCACCCGCUGCCGGGAUCGCCCGCCCGGGCGGCCAUCGUGGCCAGUGUGGCCAGCACGCUCAAACCACCGCCACCACCAUUCUUCUACAAACGAACGCAAUACGCACCAACCUGUCGCUGCACAAGUGCUUCGUGCGGUACGAGGACGAUUUCGGCUCGUUCUGGAUGGUGGACGAUCACGAGUUUCUCAAGCGGCGUCACCUAUCCCGUGGCCGGCCCCGGAAGUACGACAUCUCGAUGCCACCGCUUACCGACCCUGCCACCGGUGCGCCGGUAUCCUCCCGCACGCCGACGGUCGGCGGCGCCGAACCGAUCGCCGCCGGCGACCACGAACUGCACGACGACCCGAUGGCGAUCGCCGGUCCCGGUGCGGAUGUUCGGUACGGCGGGGAGUACACCGUCGGGGAGCCGACCGGCAACACCGGCAGGUCGGUACCGGGGGCCGCUGGCGAGAAGGAGAUCCACACCGUCGCCACCAGGCGCCCGGCGGCGAAGAAGUCCGACUACAGCAGACGGUAACCGAAGCACCCGACGGUCAACCAAACAACCCACCUCCUGCCUCACCAUUCCCUUUUCCCCGCAGCCGUACCGUGGAGAUGUCAACGGGCUCCAGCCACGACUGCUCAAUGGUUAG